CUCUGCUCCAAACGACAUUCUCUCUCUCUCUCUCUUCUGCUUCGUUUCUGAGCAACACUUUCGAAUUCUGCUCGCAUCGACCCUCCUCCGUUUUCUCCCCGGAAAGUUCGAGCCUUUCGCCGCCAAUGGACCUCCGCCUCCACACCCGUCUCCUCUUCCUCUUCCUCCUCCUCCUCUUCGCCGCCCCGCCCUCCUGCGUCUCUCAGACUAACGCGCCGUCCCCGUCGCCGGCCCCGGCAGACGCGUGCAACGGCGUGCUCCUGACCUACCUCUACACGGGGGGCUCCCAGCUCCCGCCGGCCGACCCGGCCCACCAGGCCUACCGGUUCCAGUCCGUCCUCACCGUGACCAACAACGGCCUCGACGAGCUCAAGUCGUGGCGGGCGUUCGUGGGGUUCCAGCACGAGGAGCUGCUGGUCUCCGCCUCCGGGGCCGUCCCGGCCGACGGGUCGACCCUGCCCGCCGGCGUCGGCAACGGCACCGUCCUGGCCGGCUUCCCGUCCACGGACCUGAAGACGGCGAUCGAGACGGCGGGGGAUUUGACGCAGAUGCAGGCGCAGGUCAGGCUGGUGGGGACGCAGUUCGGGGUGAAGCCGCCCGCCGCGCCGAUGCCGGCGAAUGUCUCGCUCGCUAACGAUGGGUUCGUCUGUCCUGAGCCGACCUUGCAAGGGACGAAUUUGAUGCUGGUUUGCUGCACUAAAGAUCCGAACUUCAAGACGAACAUCACCGUCGCGGACGAGUUCUUGCCCCGACAGAGCGGCGAUCUCACGAUCAUGUACGAUGUGAUCCGGACGUACGACUCGAACUACUGGGCGCAGGUCACGAUUUCGAACCACAACCCCCUCGGCCGUCUCGAUAAUUGGCAAUUGAGCUGGGACUGGAUGAGGGAAGAGUUCAUCAACUCCAUGAGGGGGGCUUAUCCCUCCGUCUUGGACUCGAGCGCCUGCGUGUUCGGAUCGCAAGCUUCGCACUACACCGAUAUGGAUUUCUCCAACGUCUUGAAUUGCGAAAGGAGGCCCACCAUCAUCGACCUGCCUCCGACGAAGGCUAAUGACUCGAACCUCGGGUUGAUUCCUAAUUGCUGUCGGAACGGCACCAUAUUGCCUCCGUCCAUGGAUUCGAGCCAGUCGAGUUCGGUGUUCCAAUUGCAGGUCUACAAAAUGCCACCGGACCUCAACCGGUCGGAGCUCUUCCCACCCCAGAACUGGAGGAUCAACGGCACCCUUAAUCCUGAUUAUCAAUGCGGUCCUCCCGUUCGUGUGAGCCCCAGCCAAUUCUUCAGCCCGACCGGGUUGUCGUCGAAUACCACGGCCUUUGCUAGCUGGCAGGUGGUGUGCAACAUCACACAGCGGUCGACUCCUCGGUGCUGCGUGUCGUUCUCUGCGUACUACAACGAAUCUAUCGUGCCGUGCAGGACGUGCGCCUGUGGCUGCACGAGCAGCGCUAGCCAGACCUGUAGCGCCACCUCCCCGGCGAUCCUCCUCCCGUCCCAAGCGCUCCUCGUUCCGUUUGAUAAUCGUACCGCCAUGACGCUUGCCUGGGCACAAAUAAAGCAUCUUCAGGUCCCGAACCCAAUGCCCUGCGGCGAUAACUGCGGGGUCAGCAUCAACUGGCAUGUCAACACCGAUUACAGCCGCGGUUGGACCGCCAGGAUCACGAUCUUCAACUGGGGCGAGACCGCAUUUGUCGAUUGGUUUACUGCGGUGGAAUUGGAUAAAGCGGCUGUUGGGUUCGAGGCGACAUACUCGUUCAACGGGACUCUUAUGAGCGACGUGAACGACACGAUUUUGAUGAAGGGCCUUCCAGGAUUGAAUUACCUCAUGGGGGAAGCAGAUGGAGCGGACCCUGUGAAAGAUCCCAGGGUCCCUGGGAAACAGCAGUCGGUGAUUUCAUUCACGAAGAAGAACAUCCAGGGGAUCAACGUGCCAAAAGGAGACGGUUUUCCUACGAGAGUACUCUUCAAUGGGGAAGAAUGCUCCCUUCCAACCAUGUAUCCAACAAGCAAUAGCGCCAGAAUCGGCUCAUCUAUUAUGCUUUCGAUCUUCCUAGCUGCGAUCUUUUCCGCACUGAUACUGUGAUAGUCGCGCAAGGAGACAUGGCUCUGUGUCUUCUUUUCACCUCUUGAUGAUUCUUUUUGAUUGUUCUCUUAGGGCAUUCUUGCCGUGUAUUGUUCGGCAUGUCACAAUUACCAAAUCUCUUGGCAUCUCCAUUGUAAAGUGCCUGCUGUUCAUCUGAUAUAUACACAGUGCUGUAUCAAACAAGGAAGACUCAUGGUAUGAUCUUUUGCUUUGGCAGUUGGUGAAA